AUGGUGGCAAUGCCUACUAUCCUUCGGCCCGCAGAUGGGUUAUUUCCCAAAUCCAAGCAAAACACACACCUCAUAGUGAAAUCAGAGUUCGAAGAAGAAGCAAUUAAAGUCUUUGAAGGAACAGGAAUUAAAGUAACUUCAGAAGGUCAUGAAAUGCUCGGAUCAGCAAUUGGCUCACACGAUUUUGUCAAAACAUUUACUGCUGAAAAGAUCGAUGUUUUUGUGAAUGAGAUUGAAGAUUUUGCCAAAAUAGCGGAGCAUUACCCACAAUCUGCAUAUGCAGCAUUCUCGCAUUGUAUCGUGAGCAAAUGGAGGUAUUUAAUGCGGACAGUCGAGGACAUUGACAGUCUUUUUGAACCGUUAGAAGACUCAAUCAAUCAAGUUUUUAUACCUGCACUUACCGGAAGAAGCCACUGUAAUGCGAAUGAAAGAUCUUUCAUUUCAUUACCCAUACGUUAUGGGGGUCUAAAUAUCAUUAAUCCUAUUACCAACGCAAGUCAUGAGUAUCAAUCCUCACAGAAAAUCAGCGCGCCGCUCAAAGGCAUGAUAGUCAAGCAGAGAGAGUCAUUUAGUAAACCCCAAUUACAAUCCAUUAAGGCUAGUUUACGUCAGGAAAAGAAAGAGAGAAUGAAAGAUAUGUCUCAACAGGUGAGGGAACAACUGCCUCUGGCGAGGCAGAGAAUGAUGGAUUUACUUUGUGAAAAAGGAUCUUCAUCAUGGCUUUCGGCAUUACCAUUACAAGAUCAGGGAUUCAAUUUGAAUAAAGGUGAAUUUCGUGAUGCGCUAAGUUUACGAUAUGGUUGGCAGUUGAAAAACACCCCUCAUUAUUGUAGGUGUGGAAAGUCAUUCUUAACAGAUCACACCAUGACAUGUCCUCUCAGUGGACUACCUAUAGCAAGGCAUAAUGAGAUUAGAGAUGUAACAGCUCAGUGGCUAAAUGAGGUGUGCUCUGACGUAGUAAAGGAACCACCACUUCAACAGCUCUCGGGUGAAGUUAUGCUACCACAUACAGCCAAUUGUCAGGAUGACGCAAGACUCGAUAUUAGAGCGAAAGGGUUUUGGAACCAGCAGCAAGAUGCAUUUUUCGACGUAAGGGUUUUCCACCCAAACGCACCUAGCUACCAAAAUACCGGCAUAACCUCACUGUACAGGCAGCAUGAGAUGGCAAAGAGAGAAUACGGAGACCACAUCAGGGAGGUAGAGUACGCUGUCUUCACACCACUUGUAUUCUCGACAACUGGUGGAAUGGGGAAAGAGACCGCCGUUGCAUAUAAACAUCUGGCGGAGUUGCUGGCAGAAAAGCGAAAGAGUGAGUAUGGUAUCACUCUGGCCUGGCGAUAAGAGGCAGCCGAACCUUGGUGCGCUGAGACAUUGACACAACUGACAUUGAACUGGCUUGUAAAGAAAGCGGACUACAAAUUUGACUAGCUGUAAGAAUAGAACACUAUACCCUUUUUAAAAUAACAAUAGACACAAAACUAUAGACAAUAUUCAUUUUAAAGAUUUUUAGUGGGACAGAUUGUAUAUUUUUAUGUAUUUAUAUAGAAAUUAUUAUUAUUAAAAAAUUAUUAUUAUUAAAAAAUUAUUACUAUUAUUAUUAUUAUUAUUACUAUUAUUACGAAGAACAUUUUAUUGACAAAUAAUUAUUAUAAUAGACUAUUGAUAAAAUAUACUAUAAAAAAUAUAGAAAAUGUUCCGAAUUGUUCUAUAAACUGGCUAAAAAUUUCUCGAAUAUCUUGUUUGUAUUACUUAAGUUGUCAAAUGUUUAUUAUAAUCAACAAAUUAAUGUUUAAGAAUGGCUCAGUAAGUUACUCUCGACAACUUCUGUAUCAAUUCCCAUAUCAGCUCGAAGGCGUCGUUGUCCCCUUGAUCCUCUAAUGCAUGAUAUUGCAGAUCUCAUUAAAGCGAAAGAGAUAUGGCACCGCAUCCACGCUAAAGUAGUGUCAUAUGAAGACUUCCGUUUGUUUGCAAGGAGAUCGGCAAGUCUCUUAUAGACAACACUAGUUUCUCUGCAGCACCUCCUGUUGUUGAAAAGACCAGCGGUGUAAAAGAACUGUUUUCCACCUCUCUCACGUGCUCACCAUAUUCUCUUUUCUUAUCCAACUCAUGUUUUCGGAAUAGGGCAGCAACACUGGUGUUACGAUAA